AUGCCAAGAAAAAUUGAAGAGAAACCAGAUGAGUAUCAUGAGGAAUGGUGUGUUUAUAAAUACCCAAUGAACAAGGGGAAGCUUACAACGGCACUUUAUAAACAACUUGACUGGUUCAAAAAUGAGGGCUCAGAAGAAGAAAAGAAAUCUGCAGAAAGGAUGUCAAGCCAAUUUAAGGAGGGUUUAGGUAUUGAUGGAUGUAUUCAUGAUUUUUGGAUUAAAGCAAUGGCUGAGAAACAGGCAAGCUUAAAAGAGUUAAAGGUUGAUGCAGAAGUUCGUGGAUUGAAGAGAAUUGAGAAAAGACCAUUAUACACUGAACCAACAACUGAUGAUGAAGAAUUUGAUGAAGAAUCCAUGUUCUUUGAACCUUCUAAUAUAACAAAAAUCCAAGAGAUAGUUGGGGAAAUAAUCGAAAUAACUAUUGAUGAUUGGGAA